GUUUCUUUUCAUUCUCCUGACAUCUCGUCGCUUGAUCCGGUUCCAAACAAAUACUACUCGCCUCCGCCGCCCUGCCAGUACCUAAUUCCCGCCGCGAUCGCGUGCAAAUCCGUUGCGCAACGUGCUACAUACCCACACCUCGAGAUUGUGCGCUGGAAUGGGCUGACCCUGCUGUUUUAUUGCGGCGAAUGCAUGCGGGCCGACAUGUGCCCUUGAGCGACUCUUCUCUUUUCGACAUUGUACAUACCAGGGAGCUCUAUGCCAUCCCUAACGGCAGUGGUGAUGCAAGACGACAAACCGGAAGAGGCUCCGAAGAGACCGCCGUUGCUCUUGCCGGCCAUUGCACCCAAGGAUGAGCUUUCGUCCUCGGCGAGCUCGAGCCGCAGUGGCCAGCCAGGUCCGAGUGUCCCGCGGCGCACCCGUCUACCCCCUCGAUCGCGAACCGGAUGCUGGACAUGUCGCAAGCGCAAAGUGAAAUGUGAUGAAGGGAGGCCGCAAUGUGGUCAGUGUAGCCGUUUGGGACAUACUUGCGAUUACAGCCCUCGACUGGCUUUUCGGGACGACACUCCUCGAGUGCGGGAGCGUCUUCAGGAUGUCAUGGUGGUUUCCAAUACAGUAUGGGACUCCAAUUCGCCCUCGAGGACCGAUACCAGUGCUGGCUCAGCGGUACUGGACGACUUACCGCCUUUUGCUGCAUUGACAACCGACGAAGAACGAGAGAAAAAGGCAGAACGCUCCAGUCCAGGAACAUACAAUGUGGUCGUCAAUCAGGAAAGCUUUCAGCACUUGCCAGCGUAUAGCGAUGAUGCCGAAGUCAAGAAAGAGUUGCUUUCACCCCUGCGCCGAAGCUCUAUUGCCGCCUCCAUUGCGAGCAGUUCAGGGCGGGACGUUGCUGUUGAAGGCAUUCCCGUGCCUGGUGAUCCCAACACCGUUGUGCUACCAAGAUUCGAGGACGUCGCCAGGCGCAAUACCUUUAGUUCCUUCAAGGACCUACGUUCGCCAAUCUCUCCCACCGCGAGACACACAUUGAUCAAGACCGAAGAUUCGGACGAGGUUGCGAUCGUGGAAGAAUCAGAGUUCAUACUGGACGGCCAGGGCCCGGGGCAAGAUGACAAGUACAUCAGGCAAUUCCGGCAGGUGGUUUGGAAACAGCUCGUGCCUGCAGAGCUCGACCAGAAAGACGGAAUGAUGAGGUCAAGUGUCGGAGUCCUGGAAACUGCCGCAAGCAUGUUCCCUCCGUUACACCACGCAAUGAUGGCGGUCGCCGCUCUCAGUUUGGCUGCGCAAGAUGGAAAUUCAAGACUCGAUGCAUUACAGCACUAUCAACAAGCCCUACCGGCUCUACAAAGCACUCUGAAAAGUCCUCAUGACCUGUCAUCUGACGGGGCGUUCUUGACUCAUUUUUUAUUGCUUGUAUAUGAGAUUGCAGCAGCUGAAGACGAUAACUCGAAUCUAUGGUCACAGCAUUUGUCCACUCUUCUGCGAAUUGCACUCUUGCGGCGUGAUGUUUUCGGCGGAGAAAGAUACCCCUUUCUUGUUUGGUGGAUCUGCAACAUUGAUCUGGAUGCAUUAUUCAGUGGCGUCGGUACGGGCGAAUUUGUUGGGUAUCUGCUAAAUCACGACGGCAUUCCCGACCCCAGCUUUCAUCUAUACCCGCUGGGUUUGGACGGCUCGAGUGUCUUGUAUGCUGAGGAGCUGGAAUCGUUACCGACAAUCCUACAACUCGAUUAUGAGGUUACCAUCUUGGCCGUUCGAUUGGUUCUACUGGCGCGGGAGUUCCGCAAUGAUGCUACGUUUGCUAUUGCUGAUUUCAUGCAGAGGGAACAAGCCACCCAGAUCCGUCAGCGUCGAACUUUCGAAUUUCAGGAGUCUUUGCGGCAGUUAUGGCUGAAUCCAGCAGUCUCAAUGAUAGGGCAAAACGUUCAGAAUCUCCCAGAGCGGCCUAAACAACUAUACGAACAUGCGGCCACGCUUUACCGCGCCUCCAUCAUUUUCUCGCAUACGACUAUGUGGCCGGGGCAAAGGCUCGAGACCUCCCCGGACUACGAUACUGAGAUUGCCGUCGCUUCGAAUCAGAUCCUACAACUGGCAAGGAAAGCGCAUUCCGAAGAUCGUUGGCAUUGCCGAUACCUUGUCUUUCCGGUUUUUAUGGCCGGGUUUGCCAGUACGGAUGGAGCACAACGAAUGCAAGCGUUAGACCUGAUCCGCGCCAUGGAGAAGACGAGCAUCGGCCGGAAUACAACCGUUACACGAAAGGCACUGGCAGCAGUGUAUGAGAGCCAAAACGAGCGAUUUAUGAACACAGGACAAAGUCUUGAUGUCGACUGGAUGCAAGUCAUGGCCGAGAGGAACUUGUUGGUUGUCAAUUUUGGUUUCUGAUCCUGAGUGACAAUCCACUGCCGAAUUCUUUUGUUUCCUUCUUAUUUUCGUUAAGGUUCCCUGGCCAGUACAAGGAUUUCAGUGGCAAAGCAUAUGCGGCAAUAUGACAAGCGUGCUCGGAUGCACCGCUUCUCCCAGUUGCUGAGUUGUUCCAACCUUGGAAAGGCGUGACAUGGAGUUAUAACGCGAUGGAAUUGCUUACGGGAGGCCAUACCUUAUUCCAGCGUUUGAUUCUUCUGCAACGGUACGCAGGAGGACAUGUCCACAAUGGCGCUUCUCGAAAUGAACCGACAAGGACAGAUGACAGACCUGAGCCUCGUCACGAAAAGCAAUUUCUGCUAUGGCUCGGGAGGACAUGACGUGACAUGACAUGACGGUGUCAGACUUAACUCGACUAUGUUGCACACAAUGAGAAAGUCUUACGGUUGAAGGGGUUUCGUGGUAGGUGGCAUCUUUCCGUCGCCACAAUCGGCAGCCAAGGUUCGACAACGGUCGUGUGGAUGGUAUACUCUACAUUUGAAGACAGCCUUAUUAUAAUGUGACACGAGACAAAAUGAUGCUGGUUACUAAGUUUUGACGAACGUUAGGUCCCUUUCAAGAACAGAGCCUUGUCGGCGUCGCCGUUAUGCUUCAAAUGGUGUCUCGCUUGGAAUUGGGUUUCCCGGGUUCGAGGGUCCGACAUUCUCCAGGACAAGUCAACCAUCGAAAUUUUCUGUUAUCGGAGACAAUCUCGUGACGGUGCGGUACCACUUCGAAGUUUUUGUUAUCGCUUUUUGCGCACAUGUGGAAGAUCCCUCGAUGUUCGGUUUGAGUACAGAAUCACUACAACUGGCCAUAGGGCUAAGGAUUCGUCCCGCCCAAUGGAGUAUGUCCGAGGAAAUAUCCAGCACUGUGAUAUCCAGGCCAGAAGUACAAGUGGCCACCAAGGAACCCCUGAGAUCAAAGCGGAUCCCAAAUCCCACUCAUCAAUCGGUACCGGAUACGUGGCGUCCAGCAUUAUCGGAGGGGGCCGGAUGCCGGUGGCCUGGCUGUCAGCAGUCUAGCCCUUGGGCCUAACUAAGCGUCCCCUGGGUUGGGCAUGAUAAGGAAGCAAGGCUACCACUUGCAGCUGAUAUCACUCCUGGCUGUCUCAGCCUUGUGCGCCGACUGAUGUGGUAGUGUAUUUUGCUGUGGCUGAAGGUUCGCUCCACUGUUAAUGAUGGCCGGGAUGACCAGCCCAACCAUCUGACUAUGCAUGAUUUGCCAUAACAUGACCAGGCGGGGCUCUUCUCUGCACAGCUGUCCAAGGCGUGAAACGAGGUCCAUCUUGGAUGCCUGUCGGGCUCUACUGGUGCCGAAGAGGCACGUACUGUUACGGUCUCGGUCACGUACAUUCAGCGACCAUCAUACGUAGUAAGGCGGAUACAUUGGCCAUGGUAUGAGGAUAGAUGAUCCCGUAGGAGAGACAUCGGACGCCACAGUACUUUUGUUGCACGUGUGAGGCGG